AGCAAUAUCACCAACUCUCUCUAGCUUCUACCAUAAGCUCUUUCUUUGUUCCAUUAUUUGUUUCUGAGUUUUCUUGUUUUUCAUUUCCAUGGCUGCCUCUGUUGACCCUCUUGUCAUGGGUCGGGUCAUAGGUGAAGUGGUGGAUAUGUUCGUUCCGGUAGUGAACAUGUCUGUGUAUUACGCCACAAAACAUGUUACAAACGGAUGCGACAUUAAGCCAUCCCUUGCAGUGAACCCACCCAAGCUCACUCUCACCGGAAAGAAAGAAAGCCUUUACACUCUGAUUAUGACAGAUCCUGAUGCACCAAGCCCCAGUGAACCGAGCAUGAGGGAAUGGGUCCACUGGAUUGUGGUGGACAUACCUGGCGGGACAAAUCCCUUUCGUGGAAAAGAAAUCUUAGCCUAUACCGGUCCAAAGCCACCGGUGGGGAUUCAUCGUUACAUCUUUGUGCUGUUUGAACAGAAAGGACCGAUGGGUCCGGUGGAGGAACCAGAAAGCCGAGGGAACUUCAGCACUCGGAACUUUGCUAAGGACUUGGAUUUGGGUCUCCCUGUGGCCACAACCUAUUUCAAUGCUCAGAAGGAACCUGCUUCUAGGAGGCGUACUUAGAUAUGAACCCUAUCUGAAUAAGAACCCUAUCUGAAAUUUCUGAGUAUGUGUUGUUACAGGGUUGGCUAGGGUUUUCGUUGGUGGUGCUAGGGUUUUUGCCGGUGGUGCAUUUCGUUUUACUAUCUUUGCAAACUGUUUUUUUCUAUCUAUGUCUCUGGUUUCGUGAAAUAUUGUUGGUGUGUAUCUCUUUUGCUUUAUAUGAUAAAAUAAAAUUGUUUUUUUCUAUCUA